CUCAUUUCGCUUUCGGCCUUUGGCCACCACCAUGCAAGAAGCGUCACGAAUCAUGAGCCAAGGGACCGACGGGGAGGUUGCCGGCGUUGUAAACAGCCAUGACGACAAGGACCAUGUCCAUGGCACGAUCAGACGCGUGGCCGAAGCCGAUUCCGAGAAAGACGAAGUGCAUGGUGGUGGCCAGGAGCCAAUAUUCUUUCAGUGCCUUGAUCAGGAGCAACCCCCCGAUCCGGUGCAUUUGGAGGACGCUAGGGUCGAAUUUCCCUCCGACGAGGAUGGUGACGGUGAUGACGUCCGCGUCUCCUUUGCAACCGCCGAUGGUGAUCGCCUCCUCGAGGAGCAGGCGGAGCUGGACCUGGACGUGGAGGAGGAGCAAGAGGACACAUCCAGGUAUGACUACGUUACGUGGAUGGCGCCGGAGCCCGUGUCCAUCCACGAGCGCCGCCGCCGGCUGCUCCAGGGGAUGGGCCUCACGAGCAGCAAGGACCUCCUCCGCAGCCGGAACGCGAGGGCGAGGCUUCCGCCUGACAUCCCUCGCUACGUACCCCGGAGACAGCAGCAGCUACCCGCGGCCGAAGCGCCGAGCACAACGAGGGCCGCGCCGGCCGUGGCCGCGGCACUUCCCGAGUUCGCGGAACACCACCCUAACGACGCCGUCUUGACCCGGUCAUGCUCCGACAGCCGUCUCGUCGUCCGCGGAGGCGGCGUAAGGAAGAUGCAACCGUUCCGCCGCGUGUGCUCGCUGCCGCACUCUCUGCAAGGAUCGCCAGCCCACAAGGCACUCAGCGCGGCUGCCCGGUGUCCGUUAUCAUCAGCGCCGUCAAAGGACGGAGGAACUAGCAAAACCACUGCCGGUGACACGGGUGGUGGUGGGUUCAGGAACCCGAACAACGACAGGGAAUUCCAGGCGAACAGCCAAUUGAACAGUGCUCAGCGCAGUGCUCCGCUGAACAAAGACGAGCUCGAGCAGUUCAUCAGCCACGCUCCGCUCGUGACGCAGCCCGUGCGCCGCAGCCAGAGCCAGCCGGUGCCGGGGGCUGGAACGGCCAAGGGCGACGAAAAACCGGCUGAGAAGAGAAGAACACGGUGGCUGAGGAACAUCAAGCUCGUCGCGUCUGCUGCCGGGCUCAGAAACGACAAGGACGGCGGCGGCGGCAGCAGAUCGGCCCGGACGCCUUCGGUGACCAUGUCCAAGUCGGCUUCGACCACCGCUGCCAUGUCGUCGGCCGCCACGGGCCCCGAGCGGCUCAAGGUGCACCACUACGGCAAGUCCAGCAGGGAGCUGACCGGGCUGUACAUGCGGCAGGAGGUGCGCGCGCACGAGGGCUCGAUAUGGAGCAUCAAGUUCAGCCCCGACGGCCGGUUCCUCGCCAGCGGCGGAGAGGACAGCGUGGUGCGCGUCUGGGAGGUUCUGGACGUGGACGCCUCCUCGUCCGCCGUGGCGCAUGAGAUGGAGAUGUCCACCUCCCUGCCUCCGCAGCCGCCGCCUGCAUCCACCGACGGCGGCAGGUCGGUGGCAGCGCCCUGGCUGGCAGCGCAGCUGUCCAGGAAGGUGAGGAGGGGGAGGAGCAGCAAGGACGCGCUCCCGGAGCACGUCAUCGUGCCGGAGUCCGUUUUCGCGCUCGCCGAGCAGCCGUCGUGCGCUUUGGAGGGCCACCAGGAUGACGUGCUCGAUCUGUCGUGGUCCAAGUCCCAGCAGCUGCUGUCGUCAUCCAUGGACCACACGGUGCGGCUCUGGAACGUGGACACGAAGACGUGCCUGAGGGUGUUCCCGCACAGUGACUACGUUACCUGCGUGCAGUUCAAUCCAGCGGACGAUGGCUACUUCAUCAGCGGCUCGCUGGACUGCAAGGUGCGCAUCUGGAGCGUACCAGACCGGCAGGUCGUCGACUGGAGCGACCUCAACGACAUGGUCACCGCGGCGUGCUACACCCCAGACGGCCAGGCUGCGAUUAUUGGUUCGCACAGGGGGAGCUGCCGAUUCUACAAGACAACAGAUUGUAAGCUUAACCAGGAGGCACAAAUCGACAUGAGCAUAACGAAGAAACGCAGGUCCCAGGCCAAGAAGAUCACCGGAUUCCAUUUUGCGCCGGGGAACCCGUCAGAGAUCUUGGUUACAUCGGCGGACUCGCAGAUAAGGGUGUUCAACGGCAUCAGCGUCCUCCAGAAAUUCAAAGGGAACCCGUGUUUCUUCCUGCCAGGCUUCAAGAACACCAGCAGCCAGAUCUCGGCGUCCUACACCGCCGACGGCCGCUACGUCGUGUGCGCCAGCGAGGACUCCAACGUCUACGUGUGGCGCCGCGUCCCCGGCAGCGUCGGCGGCACGGGCGGUGCCAGCAUCAGCGUCAGGGCCAAGACGUGGCUCACCAGCCGGUCCUACGAGUACUUCUUCUGCCGAGACGUGUCUGUGGCCGUGCCGUGGCCCGGUUCGCCGUGCAUCCCGUGCGACGCGUCCCGGCGCGUCAACGGCAACGGCAACAGCGACACGCCCAGGAGACAGACCUCGUCGCGCCGCGACGACGACGUCGUUGGCGCUGGCUGCGUACCGCGGGGGACCAUGUCCGGGACGAUGGCGUACCAUGGGGGGCAGUUGUUGCAGCCGGAGCUGUCCCGUCGUGAGUCACAGUCGUCCGCUCGGUGGCACGGCGGCGCUGAGGGCGGCAACGCGUGGGGUAUGGUCUUGGUGACCGCGAGCCGUGGCGGUGAGAUUCGGGUGUACCAGAACUUCGGCCUGCCUUUGACCAAUCUCUUCCACUAGCUAGAAAGGAUAGCCAGAGUUUGCUGGUGCUGUCUCGUUUCUGGUCUAAUAUUUCCAAAGGAAUAGAUUUUGCAGAUGAGCUGAUGUACAGGCUGAUAUACCAGAAGAACAUUUUCAGGAAAAAAAUAGACGGGAAGGAUAGAAGUGCAGUGUAAACCCCUAUACCUGAGAGUAGAAAAUUUGCGUGGCAUUAUAUUU